CGCAUCGAGAAAACAGAGCAGAGAUGGGAGAGCUCAGAGCUCCAGAACUUCUGCUGUCCGUCCUUUUCUUCUCCUUGUAUACAUAUAUAUAUAUAUAUAUAUUUUAAUUACUUUUAAUUUAGUAUUUUUUAUAUAUAAAUAAAUAUUUUUCAUAUUCCAACGUAUCAAAAGUCCAGUAGUUUCCCGGUUAUCCUCCUUCCUUCCUCUACCUGAAUCCAUCUUGCUCGUGUCCAUUCCUUAUCUCUCGCUGCUUUCCAUUCUCUUCCUCUCUCCAAAAACUGUCUCCUAUAUUUAUUUAUAUAUAUUAUAAUCCGAUCCGCAUUCGUCUUUUUCAGGCUAUCAUUUUUUUUUGGUAGCCUCCAUCUUUCCUCUUGCCCACAUCGGAUCUGGGAUUUUCUUGCUUUCUCUUCAAGGGUUUGUCAAUCCCGGGGUUGUAUUUGGAGAUUUGCUCUAUGGGGAUUUGUUGCUAAUCUCUGGUUGAUUAUUUAUGGGAAGGCAACACAGACGUGAAAAAUAAGUUACUUUUGCGAGUAUUGAAGAUUGAUAAGCUCUAUUGCAAGUUAAAACUGGAAAGUGUUGUCUACUUAAUGAAGUUGGAUAUUUUUAUUGUUAAUGUUCGCCGUAAGAUAUAACUUGUCUUGUAAAUUUUCAAUUUCCUGAAAUGGGUUGACUCUGAGGAUUGAAUUAUUUAAAUAGUUUGUGUAUAUAGGGGCGGUAGUCAUUUGAUGAGCAGCGAGUAGUUAAAAAUCAGAGUGGGCGUGACAGCUAGAAAUGGAUCAUAUAAUUCUAAAAGACAGGGAUUUUGAGGUUGAUCUUGAAAAUGGAGCGAGAGCUAGUGAGGAAGAUCAAAGUAAAGAGACUGUUUCUGGUGUAAGAAAACAAGCGAAGGAGUUGCUUGCUAAGAUUUGUGGCAUUUUUGUUGAUGGCACAAUGAAGGGUGAAAACGGGUUAAAUCUAUGCCCUGAUGGACCAAAUUCAAAUGGGGUUAUUGGGGAGCAAGUAAAAUUAGAUGGAGAAAGAACCGUUGGUCAUGUAGGGAAGAAAGUGGUAAAGGAGAAGCGUAAAAAGAUGAGCAAUAAGAAGGCUUCCAAACCUCCUAGGCCUCCAAAAGGUCCAUCACUGGAUGCUGCUGACCAGAAGUUGAUCAAGGAGAUUAUGGAACUUGCUAUGCUGAAGCGCGCAAGGGCUGAGCAAAUGAAAGCCAUGAAGAAAAUGAAAGCAGCAAAAGCAUCAUCAUCAAAUAGCUAUGUGUUUGCAAUGGUGUUCACAAUUCUCUUCUGUAUAGUGAUAAUAUUUCAAGCAACGUCAUCAAGGGUUACACCUGUAAGUGUACGAGGAUCAGAAACACCUGAGAGUAGUUUGAUUGCAGUUCAGCACUUUGGGAAUCCAUCUGCAAGUGUUCCAAAUGAACAUGCUUCUGAGUCUCCCAAUUACAUAAAGCCAAUAGCUGGUUUUGAUCCUCCCGUAAAUCUAUGAAGUGCUGUGGGAUAAAACGUGUAGAUGCUGACACUUUGUCCGAAAAGUAACGUGCUGCUGAUUUAAGUGAAACAAAUGACUAAACAUCAUAAAUUCCAAAGCUGUGUUUGUAAUUGGCGUAUGACAUUAGAUGGCUAUGGCUUAAAGAUAAAGGAGAUGGCUAACGGAAUAGCAUCAACUAGAAAGGUGAAAGAGACAUGAAACUGCUUUAUCCAUGAUAGUCUUGGAGGGAUGAUGCCUAUGCUACUGCUAUUUGCUUAUACCAUAAUACGAAUUUUCAUAGCUUUAUGUAUAAUAUAUAUAUAUAUGUUCGUACUUAUUUAUUGUACUGUUGCCCAAGAAAUCCAUCACUUCUGCCCGUUUUAUUUAUUUAUUUAUUAUCAAUAUUGAACUAUAUUUUAUUUGUGGCCA